AUGGUGCUCGAGGAAUGGCUGAAGGCUGACAGUAACUCGCCAAUCUCCCUCAAGCCAAUGACUGGGAUAGAAUCCGUCAUCCACGUCCAUCUCGACCUCGAGCGAAAUGGCAACAGCAGUGCGCCGGCCAGUACGGACGACUCGGAUCUCGUCCAGGCUGUAACCAUAAGUGCACAAGCAAUGCAAACAUCGUCAGCUGUGACCCAUGUGGCAGCGCUAGUCAACAAUGGCCAGAAGGUGGAGGGUGCAGUAGCAUCAGCGGAGACAACGUGUUCGACCCUGUUGGGCAAACUAGACUGGUUUGUACAAGUGAUGGACAUUGUAACUGAGGUGGUCAAAGCGCAGAAAGACCGAGACGAUAACAUCAUGAGUCUCGUCGAGAUCAUGAACGAUACAUAUGCGUUCAUUCAGGAGGCAAGCGAACUGAAAGAGAUGAUGAAGAAUCCAGGGAAGGACACAUUGCGAGAGAGGGCUUUGAUCCGGCUUGCCAAGCAGACGGUGGAGUGUGCCAACUUCAUUUCAACAUAUUCCAAAGACAAAGGAUUUUUAUCGAGGCUGUCAAAUCAACUCGCAUCUGGAGCACAUGGCGUGAUCAAGCAGUACAAAGACAGCUUCGUCGCAUUCAAACAAGACUUCCGAGAGGGAUCACAGCUCCGGACGGAGUUCACAGCAUUCUGCAUGGCUAUGAAGCUCGACAUGAUGGCAGCAAGUGUUGAUGCUAUUGGUGCCAAACUCGACAUACGGGAUAUCCCCUAUGUGAAUGAAGCUGGCUACGAUUCCGAUAAGGUCUGUCUUUCCGGCACGCGCACAGCUAUACUGGAGCAGAUCACCGAAUGGGCGAAUUCGAACACAGCUGAGACGGCUGAGAUCUUUGUCCUCCUUGGACCUGCUGGGACUGGCAAGUCGACGAUUGCGCACACGAUUGCUGGCCAAUUGAAUAAAAACGGUCAACUUGGGUCGAUGUUCUGCUUCAACCGGAAUGAGGCUACGAUGCGGAGACCCGCGAGUCUAUUUCGAAACAUUGCCCACGAUCUGUGCAAAGGCUGUCCUGCAUUCAAAGCGGCACUAUCCGAGUCCGUUCGAGAUGAUAGGAGCAUGUGUGGCACCAACAACAUCAAUUUGCAGUUUGAAAUGUUCCUCAUCAAGCCAGCUGGGAUGCUCGAUGUGAGCGGCAUGAUCGGCAUUAUCAUUGAUGCUGUGGAUGAAAGUGGGACGGAGUCGGAACGCAAGCAAAUGCUUCAAGUCAUUGCACAGCGAGCAAAGGAGCUUCCAGCUUACUUUCGUUUUGUCUUGGUAUCACGAGAUCUGCCUGACAUCAACCGUAUCCUGCUGCCAUCUGACAACAUUCACGUCGAACGAGUGCUCACCGCUGAGAGCGAUGACUAUGUCUCAGAUGACAUCUUUGCCUACACUUGCCAUCUCCUUACAGCAGACCAACCUGCCAGUGCCCCUGGAAUUGGGCUGCAACAAGAAGACUUCCGAGCAUUAGCCAUCAAAUCGGGAGGCGUGUUCCAGAUGGUCCUGACGACGUUCAAACCGCUGUGUACAGGUUCGAUCUCAAGCCUUAUGAGCGUGACAUGUCCAGAGGAUGAAGUCGACUGGACCGACAUACUCAGGUCUCUCGGCUCACUCCUCAGCGGGGUGAAUGGGGAUGGGGAAGCAGUCCGACCUCUGCACAUCUCCUUCUCCGAGUUUCUUCAAGAUCGUGAGCGUGGGGAAAAGUUCUUCAUUGGAGGUUCUGGCCACCACGAACAACUCGCUGUGGCCUGUUUGGGGCUGCUCAAGACCCGAUUACAUUUCAAUAUGGGGAAGAUAGACACGUCAUACCUCCCAAACACGAAGAUAUGGCCCUCUGGUGGAUACGAGGGAAAAGUACCAGAGGAACUCGAAUACGCAUGCGCAUAUUGGUGCCAACAUCUUUCCCAAAGCGAAGAAGGAUUCGAACGCGGGUCAGAUAUCACGAGCUUGCUCCGUCACCUCUUCACGGAGAAUUUUUUGUUUUGGGUGGAUGCGGCGAGCGUCUCACAUGUUACUCGUGAGCUCGGUCCAGGCUUAGCUGCUGCGAUGAAUCAGUUGCCGCUAAUAGGAAGACCUCAGACCAAUUGCACGAAAGAGGCACAGCAAUUCCUUCGCAGAUUCGGUCGCCUUAUUUCCGAGUCGGCCGCACACAUUUAUGUGUCAGCAUUGACGUGGACGCCAUCAAUGUCGAAGCUGGGAGAAUUCAAUGGUACAAUCUGGGUGUAUAAUACAGCGACAGGUCUCCAAGAAGGUGAUCUGCUGAUCGGUCACCGAGCGGCGAUCACCUGGCUUGACUCUUCGCACGACGGCGCACGUGUCCUUUCGGGAUCCAAAGACGCAACAUUGAGAGUGUGGGAUGUGCAGACUGGCAAUACAAUGAACGAUAUCCCAGUCGAACCUACUGCCUACAUUACAUCUCCAGCGAUCUCACCUGACGUGGACCACAUCAUGUACACAUCUGCAGAAUGUAUGGUCAAGCUGGGGAAUGAAGAAACAGGGGAGUUGCUAUGGGAACGCCUCGCUGGGCGCAUUAGCAUGGUCGACUCGGUCACUUUCUCUCACAAUGCUGCACAUCUCAUCUCCUAUUCUGGUAGCACUGUUGUGGCCUGGAACGCGAAGACUGGCGAGGCUAUUGGGAGGAAAGAGUGGGGUUAUCUCGAACAAAUUACAUCGUUGGCGAUAUCAGAUGACGGCCUCCAGGCUGUUGCCGGCUUUGAAGGUACAGGAAUCAAAAUUUGGAACUUAAGGAUUGCCGGAAGGUCCGAGGAAGAAAUCGGUCUGGACGUCAACAAGGAAUGGACCGGGCUUGAAGAGACGGUAACUUCAGUAGCGUUUACGCAAGAUGAGAAGCGAAUCAUAUCCGCGUCGGAUAACGGCACAAUCAGGAUAUGGGACGCAGCGUCUGGAGAUAUCAUCGGCGAGCUGCUGGCUGGCCAUCCGGGCGCGGCCUCUGCGAUAGACUUGUGGCACGAUGGUGGCCGCACUCUCGUAGCGUCCACUAUGAGAACAAUCACGCUGUGGAACACAGAGAUGAGGGAAGUCAUAACCAAGAUUGUCUCUGAUCAUGCCGGAAUUCUGUGCCUAGCUUUAUCCAGAGAUGCUAUGCGGAUAGCAGCUGUUUACAGGGAUGGAACAGUUGGGAUAUGGGAUGUAACAAGUGGAGAAAGAAUCUACCGUUCCUGGCCGGAGGACGAGAACAUGACUAACUGGAUCGUCCUUUCCCAUGACGGAUCCCGGAUGGUUUCCGAGUCUUAUCAUGGCCCAUUGAAGCUAUGGAAUGUGACGAAUGGCAAGGUCAUUGGCCAACUCUUCGGCGGACAUACCGAUUACGUGACCAAAAUCGCCUUUUCUGAUGAUAACUCGAGAAUGGUUUCAGGGUCAAAAGACGGAACAAUCCGAUUGUGGGAUGGGGGGACCGGCUUCCUCAUUGGUGAUCCACUAACAGCCGCGCAAAAUACAAGGUCCAUCCUCAGUCUGGCCUUUUCUCCCAACGCCACGCGAAUCAUAUCCAGAUACGAAGAUUGUUCAAUCAGAAUAUGGGAUACCAAUACCGGUCUAAUGGUUGGCGAUCCGCUUAUUGGGCAUGCCAAAGCGGUCUCCUGUUUAGCUUUUUCACAUGACGGUUCUCGAAUAGUGUCCGGAUCUGGCGACUGCACAGUCAGGAUUUGGGACGCAAACACAGGGAAGGCGAUCAGAAAUCCCCUCACUGGUCAUGCUAAUGGUGUUCGCUCUGUCACAUUUUCGCAAGAUGACACCCGUAUCGUCUCGUGUGCUUCGGAUGGUACCAUCAGGGCGUGGCUCGCGGAGAACGGGGAGCGGUCGGGGACUGUCGUGUCUGUUCCUGGCGAGGUCUGGACAGACAUCCCCAUGACGGGCAGUGGCAUUCCGGUCCUUGCUACCUGCUCUGCUAGUUCCCUCCAGAUGUGGGAUGUGGAAAAGGGUGAAGACAUUGGCCGCGCAUUCACUGGACAUCCACAUCGAGUGAUCUCCGCACGCUUCUCAAAGGACGGGAAGCAGGUCCUAUCGGUCUCAGAGGACAACAGCAUGAAGAUAUGGAAUGUAGAUUCCGGGGAAGAAAUAGGAGAACCGUCUAUUGGGCCUCCUGAUGUUCCCAUUGGUGUUGUUGGACUGUGGCAUGACAGUGGGAGCACCGUCAUAGCCACCUCAGCGACGCACGUGAAGGUGUGGGAUACGGUGAUAGGGAAAGCUACGAGCGCUCCCAUACCUCCUUUCAAACAAGAAGCUACAUGUCUCAUCUUGUCAAGAGAUGGCACGCGCAUUGCAGCUGGGUGUAAGGAUGGAAUGAUCAUGGUGUGGGAUGUUAACACUGGGAAAGCCAUCUGCCCACCCUUGAUUGGCCACCAGGAGGAAAUUCAGUUUCUGAGGUUCUCUCACAACAACUUGCGGAUCGUCUCGAGAUCCUAUGACAAGCUGAUACUCUGGAAUGCGGACACCGGUGAAUCUAUUGGCGAAGGUGAAGGGCGAAAAGAAUUUUCCUUGCAACCCAGUGUUGUCGCCUUUUCUGGUGAUUCCAAGCAUAUUGCAUUUGCUUUAGGGGAGGAGAUCAUCGGCAAUCCUCUCGUUGGGCAUACCGAUGACGUCACGGAGCUUGCAUUUUCACAUGACAGCACGUGCUUUGCGUCGGCAUUGAUCAGGGUGUGGAAUGCGGAACCAAAUGACGAACCUGCGAAGACCCUGAAUGACGACAUGAGUGGGGUCACGUGCGUUGCAUUUUCCGCUCACAAUAAACGCAUCGUAUCCGGUCAUGAGGACGACACAAUCAGAUUAUGGGAUGCAGCGACUGGUCAAAUAAUCAGAUCGCCGCUUACAGGGCACACGAGGGUGGUUACUUCUGUGGUCUUCUCCUGUGAUGGGAAGUUCAUCGUCUCAGGAUCAGAGGACAGCACCGUGAGGAUAUGGGAUGGAGCAACAGGCGAGGCAAUGGGCAAGCCUCUCACUGGCAACAAUGCUCCUGUUACUUGUCUCGCAAUUUCGCUGGAUAGCAAGCGCAUCGCGUCGGGGUCCUGGGACGAUACCAUCAGGAUGUGGGAUGUGGAGAAACGUGAACCCAUCGGCGAGCCACUCAAGGGACACACGAACUGGGUCACUUCCGUGGCCUUCUCCAGUGACGGCAAGUUCAUUGUCUCCGGAUCUGAUGACAGGACGAUCAGGCUGUGGUCUGUGGAGAUGAGCCAUGCCAUAGGAGGGCCGCUGACCGGAAACACUAGCUACGUCACCUCUGUCACCUUCUCACCAAAUGGCAAACGUAUCGUGUCCGUAUCCUGGGCUGAUGCACUCAGGAUAUGGGAUGUGGACAGUGGUCGCACCGUAGGAAUGCUGCUCACCGGGCACACCAGCUUCGUCAACUCUGUUGCCUACUCGCCAGACGGCACUCACAUCGUGUCGGGAUCUGAUGACAAGACGGUCCGUUUGUGGGACGCAGAAGCAUGCCAACCUAUCGGCAAGCCGCUGACUGGGCACAUGGCCUUGGUCAAGUUUGUUGCCUUCUCUAGCGAUGGAAAGCGCAUCGUCUCCGGGUCGAUGGAUGGGACGGUGAGGGUCUGGAGCGCGGAGACGGGCACGGUCGUUGGCCAGCAGGCGCCCAUCAACGAAGCCAUUGGGUUACCAACAUGCAGUACCACGACUGCUGCAUCUUCCUACUACAUUACCUGCACUUCGGGGUCAUUGGCAUCGAAUCACAAUUGUGAUAUACCCCAAACCAUUGGGGAUGUGUUGUCGCCUAUUCCUUCUGCUGCCGGAACCUCAACCGAGGACGUGGUAGAUACGACUUACAGUACUACACGGGAGACUCAUGUGUCGGGGGACGCAAUGACACCUUCAGAGCCGAUGGUGCUGGGCGGGGCGGAUGGGCACCAUAGAAACGGGGAACAGCUGAGGGGGGAGAAGCAGGAGAGGGGGAAUGAGGGCAGGGACGGGGAUGGGGAUCGGGACGAGGAUGGGGAUGGGGACGAGGCGAACGGUGGCAAUGCACCUAUGCGGCCAAAGACGUACCACAAACUUGUGGCUGAGGUGGUGCUCGCUCCAGCCACAUCAAUGCCACACUUCUGCCGUAAGGCCCUGGGCACUCGGGGUUGCCCAUCAUCACGACCACGUUCCACAACAAUGCCGCCCUUCUUCACUGAAUAUCCGUAUUUCCCCGGACUUGCCAAGCGCAUCAUCACCAAGAGCACCUUGUUUGAGGUGAAUGCACAAUGCCAACGUGUACCGUUCAACCCCAACGACAAGUUCUUGUAUGGGCAGUCCCCACAGCAAAGGAAGCAUGCUGCGUAUCUGGCAAGAACUCAAGAAGAACAACUAGCCUACCAGCGCAAGCAAACGAAAAAAUUGCAGAAGCAACGUCAAGAGAAGAAGAGCAAGUCCCUUCAACGACUUGAGACGUGGAAGAAGAAACAGGCGCUGGCGCAAGUGGUUGAGGCGCUCACGUACUGA